AUGGCUUCAGACCUGGAUGGUGAAGACUUGGAUGAAUGGUGUGGUUGCUCGAUUUGCUCGACACGAAGGAUCAUCUGCGAUCUUGGUCAACCGAGCUGUCAGAAAUGUAUUGGCAGGGGAUUUACCUGCCCUGGGUAUGGUCCAAGACUUCGAUGGGUUCAGGGCGUGGCUAUUCGUGGUCAUCUUCGGGGUGUCCAAUUUCCUAUCCCCGAGGCUCCGGCAUCCACCUCUACGCGAAGUUUUGACAGCAACACUCAACAACUGUUAGACUAUUAUGACAAGAAUAUCGCCGGGUUAAUGGUCUGGAUCGACUCGGAAAAGAAUUAUUACCGCAAAAAGGUUCUACCUUUGGCUCAGACGAAUGAAGCAGUCCGUCUCGCUAUAUGCGCAGUCUCGGCCCAGCAUGCAGCAAGAGACUUCACGCCAUCAACCGUUUAUGAGAAAGAUAGGGACCAUGUCUUGUCAAUGAUCAUGCGCGGUGUUGACGACAUGACCGCACAUCCCCAGCUUACAGUGACUGCCGAUACAGCAGAAUGGAUGCUUUCGUCGAUGAUGGUCCUAUCAUCCUACGAGCUAGCACAUACUGGCGGUGCAGAUGCUGCUGAUUUCCAUCGAAAGGCAGCUCGUGCUCUAGUCAACACUCUAUCCACCCUGGACUUUCCCAAGAGUAGCCUUUUCGGCUUUUUACAGAACCAGCUUUCCAUGUAUGAUAUCUUCGCAUGUACUACUAUCCUCGACGCGUCAGAUGUACAAGAUGCAAUUAGGCCAGUUGAGUACGGGGAUGAUAAGUCAUUCUCCGCGUAUCUACUGAUUCUUCAUGAUGCGACGCUCAUAUCUCGAGGCGAUUCAGCUCAGGACUCAACUCGGGAUUGGAGGAGCGAGUUUGUUCAAGCACGAGGGGAGACAUUAAUGGAAGUUGGCAGCAGCGGGGUGUGCUCGAGUGCUGAUCGUGGGGACUUUAUACGUCUACUUGACGCCUACCACAAUGCUGCUCUGCUGUAUACUGCACGAUGCCUUGGUCAUCAAUAUGGCCCGGAAGAGACAGUCGGCCUGUUCGACUUGUUUCGACUACUGACUGGUAUGGAGAAUCUACACGAGUGGAUUCAUAACCUCGCAUGGCCAAUCUUCAUCGCCGGGACAGAAUGCUAUGGAGAUGGCGACAGGCAACUCAUUUUGAGAGAUCUAUACCAGAGCUUAUCUGAUGUCACAGGGUUCAAACACCACGGAGAUGUUCUCACUUUUCUCGAGACAUUCUGGUCCAGCGGAGAAUCAGACUGGCGCAUACUGGCGAAGCAAUGGGAAGGUCUCGGUAGAAGAAUCCUAGCAGUUUGA